UCCGCGUUCCGGGCUCCGCGUUCCGGGCUCCGCGUUCCGCGUUCCCAGCUCCGCGCUCCGGGCUCCGCGCUCCCAGCUCCGCUCCAGGAUGUUCCGCAUCGAGGGGCUGGGGCCCAAGAUGGACCCGGAGGAGCUCCGCCGCAAGAUGCGCCGCGACGUGCUCGCCUCCGUGCGCAACUUCCUCAUCUACGUGGCCCUGCUGCGGAUCACUCCCUUCAUCUUGAAGAAGCUGGACAGUAUAUGACCCCUCGGGCCCGGCGGGAUGAGUGGCAGCUGCUGUCCCGCGGGGCUGGCCGCCCGGCACGGCUCGGCACGGCACGGCACGGCCCCCGCGGCCGUGGGGCAGAGCAUUCCGUGCUGCGUGAACAGAGCCCAGUCCAUCCCGCACACGCUGCGGCUCGCCGGCCCGCCCGCGUGCGCCGGUCUGCCCUUCAUCCAGCUCACCUGCAGCGUGAAAUAAGCGGGAAAUAAAUGGAAAUAUAACAACGGAAAUAAACGGGAGAGCAGCUGUG